AUGGAACAGAAAUAAAAUAAACACAACACACCCUUCUCUCUUCUCCCUUCCUUUAUCUUUCCAGGCUCCUAUCUCUCUCCGUGAAAGUCUCUUAUUAUUGAUGUGAUUCUCCACCAUACCCAGCCUCAUCAAACUUUUACAAAAGAAAAAAAAAGAGAGAGCUUUCAAUUAGAGAACGCCCAUUGGAAUUUGGAUAUGGUUUUCUCCUCACUUCCUUGUUAUCUAGAUCCUUCUAAUUGGCAUCAACAGCAACCAGCUGGAGGUGUUGAAGUUGGUGGUGAUCAUGAGAUUUCUCAUCAGCUUCCUCCAUCACUGUUGUCACCACCUCAACCGCUGGGGAGCAGUGGGGAUGGAAGAUCUUUACAGACGUCGGAGCGUGGAAGGAUGGCGAAGCUUCCACAGCCGGAGAUGGCAAUGAAAUGCCCUAGAUGUGAAUCAACUAAUACCAAGUUCUGCUACUUCAACAACUACAGUCUGUCACAGCCCCGUCACUUUUGCAAAACUUGCCGGCGGUACUGGACUAGAGGUGGCGCCUUGAGGAACGUGCCAGUGGGUGGUGGUUGUCGGAGAAACAAGAAAAGUAGCAAGGCAUCAAGGGGUUCUAGGUCAAAGUCCCCAGCAGCUACUACAAGCUCAACUAGCAAUACUCCGAUUUCUCCUAAUUAUAGCUGCACCACAGAUAUAUUAGGGCAUAAUACUCGACCAUCUCAGUUUCCAAUUUUGCCCCCCUUGCAUCACUAUACAGGUGGGGAUCUUGGGUUAACAUUUGGGGUUGGAAAUGGAACUGAUUUGAUCAAUCUUGGUCAUGAUAGUAAUUACCCUACUAGCAAAUUUGCUCACUUUCCGUUUUUGGAGGCUGCUAACGGUGGGAUGUAUGGCGAAGGUCCAUCGAACUACAGUGGACAAGUUGGAGGAAUGAAGAUGGAUGAAAAUCAUCAUCAACAAGAACAACAUCAAGCGUUGAAUUUGUCAAGAAACUUUCUGGGUAUUUCAGGAAACGAGCAGUUUAUGAGUACCAGCAAUGUUGCAUGGGGUACAACUCAUCUUAGUGGCUUCACUUCUUCUUCUACUACCACCACCCAUAUCUUGUGAUUUACCUUGUUUUCUUAUCUUUCUAUUCUAAGCUUUCUUCUUUUUCACUUCUUUGCACGAAAGCCAUGUGCAUUGUGCAUCGCUAGUGAUUGAAAGAUUAGCAUACGAUGCACAAUGUAUAAGUAAACUUUGCAUGCGACAUGAUCAGAAUGAAACAAGAUGGACUGAAAAUCAGGGUUUCUUGGAAACCCUAGGGCAUAUAUAGUA